AUGGACUGGAUCAGGAAAUUCACCACAACAGCACAAGCAGUAGCUGCCUGGAGCAGCAGGAAUCACCAUGGAAAUGCUGUACGUCGGGAAGAGCAGCUCGAAGGAGAAAGUGAGGAAGAACAACGUCGAUGGAGAUGUGCGGCCAGCAGUGAGAUUUCACCAUCUUCCAGCGCUGCAUCUCUCGAACCUCCUCUCCUUCGCUUCCACCAUCUCCUCCAGUACGAUCGAGGGUCGCACUCGACACGCUCUCUAGAGUCAAACUCCGGUCCUUCAAAACCUGCAGCAAUGCUUCGACAUUCGCAGGCACCGCAUCGACUCCGUCAACCGAAUCCGACUUCUCUAAGACCUGGAUUUGGAGCUUCAGCAACUGAAUUUCGCUCAACAGGGACUCCUCGUCAAUGCAACUGCGAAUUGGAGCUCGGAAAAACCUUCGCCCUCCCUGAACUGGGUGUCACUUUCGAGACCCACGGCGGAUUCGAAGCUCUCCUCGGUUUCGGGUUCAAUUCGUCGACCAAUGAUUACAAGGUCGUGAGAGUCGUGCGGCUUCUAGAGUACGAAGAAAUCGCAAUUGAAGUCGAGGUUUUUUCACUGAAUGUCGGCUCGUGGAAGACGAUUACCUCCACGGCUCCGCAAUACAACAUCGUGGAGCGCGGGUCCCAAGCCUUUGGUCAACGAGUCGGUCCACUAGGUCGCGACCCGGCCCGGCAACGACGGCGGUGGUGA